AUGGUAAAAUCUCACGAUUUGCACUGUGAAGUUCAACUGCUAGAUGAUGAAAGUACCACUGUGGACCUAGACGUAAGAUUUUUAUGUUUUCUUAAGGGGCCUUUCGAGUUUUAAAAUGGCGCUCGAGUUGAGCAAGUCCCGUAACUUCUGUUUAUUUAAGGUUUUAAUUUGUAGUUUAUUGUCUGUCGGAUCAAACGGUCUUAAUGAGCCAAAGGUUUUAAUUUCUAACCUUCCCUGUUUAUUAGAAGAUUAGUAGAAGGUCCAUAAUCGAUAAUACUCGGUCAAUUAAUUUUUGGUUUCUCUCGUGAUCAGUCAAUGACAUCAACGUGUUUGUUCCGUCCGUUCCAAAGGGAAAUUCAUUAUUUCAAAAUUUGAUUCUGCAAGCUCAGGAAACCCGCGCAUUUUUAAUAACUUACACACUUCCUUUCUUUUCUUUUUGAUGUUUUAUAAUUUUGAAGGUGUCUUUACGUCCUUCCAGGUUGUUAUAGGUUUUCUCUAGUCCUCGCUAAGCGAGAAGUUCUCAGACGAAAUGAAUCAGGUUAACGAAUUAAAAAAAAACAAUUACAUUGUAAGACACUUCAAGAAGCCAUUGUGGCAAUGAUUUAUAAUUUUCUGUGUAUCUAAAACUUUCAUUGCUUGUUAAUACGAAACUUUUACGGUAGAUUUGCAUUAUUUUCCGUCAUUAUAUUGCUGAGGUCUUUACAACUGUUUCACGAAACUAAUGUUUUUAAACCGUAUUUAUAAAUAUUUUGGUUACCUAUUGUAUUUUACAAAAUAGCCGCUUAGUAAUCUUUCUUUUUCCGAAGCAGUCGUUUGGAAAUUUAUCUUUUUCGUGCUGUUUGUGAUGAAAGCUGUUGUUUAAGCCUUGACAGGACAAUUACAAGCAUUCUUAACAGGGACGAUCAAAACAUUUUCGUGCAGCCCUUUUCAUUUGUUAUGCAUGCAGCAAUUUCAUAGUGAAUAUGAAUUCAUGCAGUUGAAAAAUGUUUACAUAACAAAUGUAUAUACAUGGCGCUGUACAGAAAUCUUAUCAAUAUACAUGUAUUAAAUUUGUGGUUGGAUAAGAGGAAUAUUUACUGAGUUUAUAUAUAUUGUGCCUUUUUAGAGGAGGAAGUGUGUCAUGAAUUUUGUGUAAUUAUAGUAAUAAUAUUAUAAUCUACUAGGUUGAGCAAAAACAUUGGUUGUCCACAUUUCACCUUAAACUUUUCCUUUGAAUUGUCAAAGUGGCUAGUGAUUAUCUGCAGUUAACUCUAUGACAGUCAUAUGCAAUAGGCAUCUUUCACUAAUAUGGAUACCCAGGGUUGGUCCCUUCCUUUUUGUGAGCCAUAUUCUUUGAUGGUAUAUGUACUGUAGGAUGGGCACCUCUCUGAUAGGUAGCCUGCAAAAACAGCCAUCUCUCCUCGCUCCUCACCACUAGGGAUGUUACUCUAGGAGGGACAUCUGCACCUCAGCGACAGCAAUUCCUUACUGAUGGUGUAAAAAUCUGUCCAGAAUCUGGUCAGGAGCACUGAUUGGUUGACCUAGUAGAUAUGUUGUUUGAGCUACUUGUUUUUGAAUGAGAUACAAAAGACAAAAGGCCACAAGGGUCAAAUGUAAAUGCGAUUACAAAACAGUCAGUAUUUGUGGAGUAUUCUUCUGAAGAUUAAGAUUGUGAGUUUUACUGCUGGAGCUUGUUCACAGAAGAACACAAAACUUUGCCAAAAUUUAUUGAACCCUAUGACUACUGGAUUAAUUAAGUAAAUAAACAUUGGUUUACCUCAUCAGUAUGGAAUUUCUGUCGCUGAGGUGCUGUCUCUCCUGACAAAACGUCCCUAACACCAAGGAGAAAGGAGAGACAGCUUUAGCUCAAGCUAUCUGAGAGGCCACUCCAACUCCAGUCCUAAUGGUGGCAAUCUUUAAAGAAAGACCUUAUGAAAAGGUGUGAAUUGUUUAAAAAAAUGUGAAGUUUACUGAAGGUUACAUUAUUAUGCAUUAAAGAAUAUGCCACUGUAUUUAGUUUCUGCAGUGUAUAAAGUGUUGUUAGACUCACAAAAUUAGAUAUUUUGGAGACUUUGCACAAGGUUUCUAAAGCACAUUAUAAGCAUAAUAAUUUGUUACAGUCGAACCCGGCUUUACAGACACCCGCUUAAUACGGACACCUCAUCAUUACAGACAGUUUGCUUUAUCCCUGGGGAAAGAAAGCCCUUACACUUUCUCUAAAUUCAACCCUCUUAAUGUGGACAUCCUGUUAAUACGGACACUUUCUAUGGUCCCCUCAGUGUCCGUAUUAACAGGGUUUGACGGUAUGUGUUUUAUUUUGUCCACUGCACUUUUGAUUUGUGAUGAGAUUUCUUGUGGAAUAUGUCAGCGGUGGAUGUCAUUUGAGAUCAUUUUGUGAAAUCGCACCAUUGCUUAAUAUCAGAGUCCCUAUUAAGUUUUACUUUUACCUUCUUAUUUUGUCAAUAUUGUGUCAUUUUUUCGUAGAAAAAUGCAAAGGGGCAAGUUUUGUUUGACAAGAUCUGUGAGAAAAUUGAAUUAGCUGAGAGGGAUUACUUUGGUUUACGUUACAUUGAUGAGAAGGAUGGCCAGGUACAGUAACAGCAGGAAUAACUGUUGUAAAAAUAAAUUGGAAGAUACUGUGCAACAUAAAUGUUCAUUAUUGAUUUUUACGAAGUUUGUCCAAAUGUGCAUUGAAAAGGAUCAAAAUGACUGUGCACAAUAAUUAUUUGUGUUAUGGUAUUCUUACUAAAACUGAAUAAUUGUUUUCUACAGUACAAUUGGUUAGAUCCACUUAGGCCCAUCAAGAAACAGUUAAAGCAUGGUAGGUGAAUUGUAUCAUGGUAGAAAGUGCUAAGGAUGGAUGGGAAGAAAGUGGCCUAACACUUGAAGUUUAAGCUUAAGUUUGACUGAUCCAUGUGUUUUGGAAAAGUCCUUCUAAAACCAUUCAUAAUGGUUUUCUCAGACCUUUGGUGAACAAAAUUAUAUUUUCCAAGUUUUUCUUGUUGUUUUUAAUGACUCUUUUUUAGUUAUGCCUACGUAUAGGUGUACGUUCCUACGCCGUAGUUAUCUAGGGUCUUAAAGAAGAAGUUCAUUCCAAAAUGGCUUUUUUUAUCUUUUUGCCAACAAAAAGGUUAAUACAAAGGAGGGUUACUCACUGAAAUUUCAGCUUCAAAAGACCUUUCCAACCCUAUGAAAUCCUUGUCUCAAAUUCGAGAUCUGAUGGCCACCAUCAUGAAGAACUGUUAGCAGCCUGGGCCGAGUUGUUCGAAGGCCGAUUAGCGCUUAACCCGGGGUUAAAAUUAACCGGGUUUUCUUUUCCUUGUGUUCCAAAUCAUUUUUUCGGAUAAUUUUCUGUGCUAUUUUUAGAGUUUCCAAUCAUCAACUUGUAGACAAAAAGAAUUAAAGCUGAAAUGCUUUUUAAGCUUUCAAAUCUGAAUUAAAAUCUCGCACUAACCCUGGGUUAUCUUAACCCAGCUUUGAACAACUCAGCCCAGGUGAUAAGUAGGUGACGUCAGUGCGCUCAACCUGAGUUUGGUGGGCGGGAGGAUUCAUGAAUAAGAUUAAACCACUCAACAUGUCUUUCGGAACUGCACAAGGAGGCGUUCAGACCAGAAAAAAAAAACACCUUCUGAAACAAAAAAAAACAGAAAGCGUUGAGUGAUUCAAUCCUCCUGCCAAACUCAGGUUGAGCAUAUGGACGUCAUUUACUUGUCACCAGACUGCUAGCACUCCUCCGAGAUGGCAGCCGUCAGAUCUGGAAUUUCGGGCUUCUUCAGAUGAGGAUUUAAUAGGGCUGAAAAGCUCUUUAGAAGUGGAAAUUUCGGUGAGUAACUUACCUUUGUAUGAUUUUGUUGGUGAGGAGAAAAAAAUGUGCCAUUUUGAAAUGAACUUCUCCUUUAAGGUCUGCUGGUCUUAGGAAUGCUAUAUAAUAUGGGAUUGCUGGAGGUUUUCUCGAAUUACCAAGAGUCAGCCUGGGGCAUUCAGCAUCCUCACAUACAUGUACAUGUAGUUGAUGAACUAAUUCAAAAUUCAAUUUUGUUCAAAACAUGUUCACACCAGUGAUAUACCUGUACAUGUACAACGCUGUAGAUCACAACAAAUCCUUUCUUUCUCAACAGAGCCUUAUCAUUUCUACUUUGCUGUCAAGUUUUACCCUCCAAACCCAACAGCACUUGUUGAAGAUAUCACAAGGUACAAAUAUAGCUUUAUUACCGAGACAAAACAAUUACUUAAUUAACAAUAAUUAUCAACUUUAAAAUUAGUGUACAUAUGUCCUGUAUUUUCGUACAUUGCAUAUUAAUGUCAAUUGGAAAAACAACAACAACAACAAAAAAAAAAAGAGAAGAAUGGACACUAAAAAAAAUAAUAUUAACAUUUUGGUCAAUUUCACUCUGUUAUAAAAUUGUUGUGUCAUGAAAAAUCAUGAGCCCCAGUUCAAAAGCCAGUGAGUCCUAACUAUAUUAGAAGAUGCCAGAACUCUCAUAAAACCAGACAAUCAGGCUUAAUCUGUAGUCUACUUUCAAUAGCAAAGCACUUAUCUCUGUAAUACAUCAGGGGCACGCAACGGCUGUUUUCUGUAAAAUAUCUGUUGAGAGAAGCAAGUAAUUUUAGAAUUCUAGAAUUUUCUUUUAGUUGAGGACGGCUAAAAAUUUCCAGAUGACUGUUCCAUUCAUGUACAAUAUUCAAAGCUUAUCUAAUAAUUUCCCCACGAUUUUCUGAAGUUUAAAUUUUCACAUUUUACUCCCCAGGUUAGGCUAUUUUUCAUAGUGAAAAGGAAACCUAAAAUUUGUAGAUGGGAGAGGAAUUAGAAAAAUUCUCACUUUUCUAAAAUGUUGAUCUCUUGCAUCUAAAAAUAAUGUUCGGGAAAGUAAUACUAGAGCCCUAAGGCUUUAUACAAUCAGUUAGAAGAAAGCUGUGCUGUAUUACCAGCCACUGUCGGCCAUCUUGGUUUAGCCACGUGCUUUCCAUAUAUGGCAAAGAUAAAGUAAGAGUGGCUGCUUUUAACAAAAAAAAUUGCUUCGGCAAUAUUGCUGUCUAUUCGUUCAGAAAUUAUUCUUGACCUGUUGUUUAAGUGGUCAAAAUUACUCUUUUGUUUGAAGGUAGCUAGCUUUCAACACAUAUUUCAAAUCAUGCAAACAGCGCAUUCUUCGAAAACAAUUUUUAGAUCCAUCAAUAGUUGUAUCCCAUAGAACGCAAGCCGUCAAUUUUUCUGCUUCCUUGAGAAUUUUUAUGCGUCAGGGAUGCAGGACACAGGGGUAACAAAAUCACUGCUUUAGAAGCACAAGCUCAAGCAGAACUGCUAUAAGUAGUUCAAAUUUAAUGUAGGUUUUGGUGUUUGUUGUUCUCAUGGGAAAAUCAACAUUCUUGAAAAAUUGCAGUAAAUUGUUUAUAUAUUAAUUUUUGUUGUGUGGUAGUAGGCAGGGGUUUCAAUAAAAAUUGAAGUAGCCAGCAGAUUUGAAUAGAAUAACCGACUGUAUCAACAGUCCACGUUUUCAAGGGGUGUCUGGGGGCAUGCUCCCUCAGAAAAUUUUAAAUUGCAAAGCCCUAAUAAGUGAUUUCCAGCAUUUAAGGGACUAAAGUGAGUAUAAAAGCGGAAGGUUUCCAUUCAAGGAGAUUAAAUUUUUGGGCUUUAGUCAACUUUUGAUUUCUUAGCCACACAAUUAACUCCUGCCAAGAGCCAUAAUGGCUUGGCUCUUGCUCCUGCAAGCAAUGAACAAAUAAUAACUAUACUAAGUUACGUACAUUUCCGCAUGAACAAAGUAUAUUUUUGUCCUUAACAUUAUUCAAACUAGUUGCUUCUUCUUCGGAGGAAAAAGUAGCCGACUUCUAUGAGCAAUGUAGCCGACGUGUUUCGUCGGUCGUCGGUGCUUAUUGAAACCUGUGGUAGGAUCUGCUCCACAAUACUUGCACUGGGUUACUUAGCAUGAAGCAAUUGAAUGUAGAAAUAACAUUACACAUUUUUGUACUUGCUGUACCAGUGGCCACUGCUGGCGUAGGUAGUAGCAUGUCUCAAGUAUAUAUUGUAUUGCCUAUAGAGUGCUGAUAAUUAAGGAGCAUUAGUUUAUGUGUACACCUUUAUGUAGUGCAGUUGACCAGUUUUUUUCUGCUAGUAUGUACAAUAAAAUUAUUUACAGUACACUUUCAGCUUGAGACUAUCUUGCUCUGUGGCUUAUUUUCAAAAUUGCUAAUUAAAGUAAUAUAAUUUGGACAUCUACUGUCAAUAGGUAAUUUUUAAGCAAUGGAUUACAUGUAUUUGCUAAAAUGGCCAAAAAAAUUGUCUUCAAUAAUGUUUCUAUUAACUUGCAUUCUUUAGGUACCUAAUGGUAUUGCAGUUGAGGGAAGAUCUUCUCAAGGGAAGGUGAGAAAACCAGUACCGUAUUGAAUAAAAUAAAAGUACACAUAAGCUGUGUUCGUAAUGGCAACAGGGCUGAGUGGAUUCCAAUUCGGUCUGUUAUCAUAUGAGUGAUUAUAAAAUUGGAUGACAGCAUAGUGGGAGUCUGAUUUGUUUAAUGACAAGUAUGAUUACAGACCGAAUUGGACGACAUGAAAUUCUGUUCUAAGGUAUCAAUUAAUCAUAACUUUAACAAAAUUUGUGAUAUAUCAGGGUUGGCUCAGUCUUGAAAAGUCCUUGAAUUCCAUUUUUCCUUGAAAAGUCCUUAAAUUUCUGUGGUAUUCCAGGCCCUGGAAUAAUUAUUAUUCUACACAAAAUAAUUAAUAAAAUAAUAAAAUAAAUAAUUGAUUAAUUAAUUAAUUAACUGGAUAUUUUAUGUUUUGCAUUCUCAGGUUGCAGUGUUCUGUUCCAAUCCAUGCUCUGCUUGGCUCAUUUGUUGUACAAGGUAGAUUUACCAAUGUCAUUUACUCCCAUGCUGUUCAUGCUAAAAUUCAUUUAAAACACAGGAAGCUUUGUGUUCUAGCAAGUUCACUUUUUGCAUUGUCGCUAGUUAAAACCAGCAUUUCAACACAUUUUUGUUUUCUUCUUCUUUUGCCCACCCUAAACGAUAGCUGAAAUGGGAGACUAUGAACCCGAAGAUCACGGAGAAGAUGCACAUUAUCUCUCAGACUUUAAGUUCUGUCCCAAACAGGUAGAUUGUUAAGUUCUUUUCUCGGUAUGUUAAAUAUUUUAUUAACCCAAGUACAUACAAUGUUAGAGUAACAGGAUUAAUGCGAUCAGUAAAUAUUAAUUAAUAUUAUAUAUUAUGUAUAGUGUAGUUGCUGAGCCUUCCUCUACUGUAAUGUAUGUGUAAUAAUCUGUAGUAAAGUUAAUUAUUGUGUAGAUGUGAGGUUACAAACAUUACAGUGUGGUUCAGCACACUGGGGUCCUAUAGACAAAUCUUUCUUCUGUAAACAUUCCUUGCCCUAUUUACAUGGCCUUUGCUACAUGUACAUAUAUAAUUUAAUAACACAACAUCCCUGAAUAAUGAUAGAGCAUAACCAUGUUACAUUAUCUCUGAACUUUGAGCCUAAAGUACUGAACAAUUUCAGAGAAAUUUUCGUUUCUAAAAACUCAAUUAUUAACGUUUUUCACCACCUGGCAAUUUUGCAGUCUUUGAUGGCUGCUAUUUUCUUUGAUGUUGCUUCCAAAAACCUGUAAAGUGCACAAUUUUCUUGAGUUAUUGAGCUCUUUAAUUUUUAAAGUUUAAUUGUUUAUACUGUGAUGCCUUCUAUGGGUUACUUAAUGUACUGAUGAGCAAACAAGACAGUAAUAAUUACUUAACAAUGAUUUGCUUAAUGCAGAGCAUUAGAUUGUACACAGCCAAGUGCAGUUAAAAACUAUAAACAAUGCUGCUCUGUGGCUUUUACUCUGACUGUACAGUACCGCUCAAAAGUAAGUUACCAGUCGCAUCUCGUUUCCUGUGUGACGAGAAUCGCAUAGUGCGAGAAUCAUCGAACCAGAAAGCGAAUUUUAAUACGCAACAGUCUACGCGUCGCAGAGGUAAGACUGUGUUCGCGUGUUAGUCACAGUAAAGCUUUACCAUCGAUUCUUGAAAUCGCUGAAGAAUUGUGGCCAUGACACAAAAUUAAUGUACUUACAGUUUUUUGGUGGUCACGCGCUAGGAAAAUUGCGUCCUGUGCUACAAGAAUCGUGUAGCACGCGACGUGAUUCGCAUCUCGCGAGAGGGUGGUAACUUUAUUUUGAGCGGUACUGUAGCUUUGGUACUUACUGUACACUGCUGCUUUGAAAUGUGGUUAUUGAUGUUUUGUUUUUUUGUUUUUUUUCCAGCCUAAUGAGAUGCUUCAGAAGGUACACGAGUUUCACAAAAAACACAGGUAAAUUAGCACCUACAGUGUGUAGGUUAAUAAUGUGCAGCUACUGCUUACUCUAAUCGGUAUAGAAAUUAGGGGUGUAACGAUUCAUAUUCCUUGCGGCUCGAUUCAAUUUCGAUUAGUACCUUCCGAUUUUGAUUCAAUUGUGUGAAUGUUUCUUAAUUCUUAUAACAUAACGGGUAAUGUAAACAACAUGCAACCCUAAAUCCUCAAUUUGAGAAUAGUAGCAGGGACAGGAGGAUUCACAGUCGCUUGGUUCGUCGCCAUGGUUGAGAUCCUGACAAAGAGCAUGUCGCACAUAGUUUGCCUUAUUUGGAAAUUCUCAAGGGGCGGUUGAAGGACAGCAUUUUUACCAGGCAACACAAAAUGGCGCAUGAAAUGCUAUCAUCUUUGCUCGUCAAUCAUUAGACUUGCUCACAAGUUGAGCUUUUGAGCGCGUAGCGCGCCUACCACACCAGACCAGAAAACCAUGCAAACGACUUUGAGAAAGUCUAGUCAAUCAUAAACGCACAUUUUAAAACGUUCUGGAUUCCGAUUUUACAAUAUAAUAACUCACUGAGGGCACCCUGGAAAAGGUGUGCAAAAAUCGAACCAAAAUCAAAAUGUGGAAGCAAAGAAUCGUGAAUCGAACCAAACGCUCAUAAUCGUGAUUAAUCAAGAAUUUGAUUAAUCAUUACACCACUAAUAGAAAUAUGAGUUUUGUCGAUACAGCGCUUGACUACAGAGCCUGAUAUCACAGGGUUCAAUUCUCAGGGCCUGACUGAUACUGAGGACCUUAAAAUAACUGAGAAAUGAAUGUACUGCCUUUGCCCUUCAAAUGGGGGAUAAGAUCUUGACAUGGCUUAGAUGACGGCCUAAAAAUGCCUUGUCUCUGAUCCAGUAGUGGAUGUUAAAAUACUGUUAGGGUAAAAUUCCAAAAAUAAGCCCUGGAGCUUAUAUUUUUCAAAGGCCCUUUUUGAGGGGCUUUUUUUUUUGAGGGGCUUAUGUUCGGAGGGGCUUAGUACGGAGGGAAAUUUGCAUUUCAAAAUUGAUUGGGCUAGCUUGUAGUGGGAAGGAAAUUUACCAUUUUUGCUUUGUUUUACUUUGUAUUCAAGAGCAAAUUCCAUGUACAAGCUCCCUGUGGGUCUUAUAUUCGCAGGGGCGAUUUAACGGUGGGUUUUUUGCGUUACGAUUUAGAGUGGCUUAUAAUUAUUUGGAGGGGCUUAUACAUGGAGGGGCUUAUUUUCGGAAUUUUACGGUAUUAGUGUCCUCAAUUAGUAUGGUCUUGCUAAAACAUAAAGUAAAUUUUUUUUUUCAUUUUUGUUCACCAUUUCCACAGGGGAAUGACACCUGAGGAUGCGGAGCUGCAGUAUUUGGACAAUGCAAGGAAGCUUCCACUUUAUGGAGUUGACCUGCAUACAGCUGUGGUGUGUACAGUCUUAUUUUGAUACCUUUGGCUUCUCCGAAGCUAAAAAAUAUAAUGAGUAGCAGCUGUCAUAAUAGAAACCACCAUCACAAGAUGUAUGGUGGAGACCCCACCAUUUUAUUAUGUGUAGAUGAAAGUACGCCCCCUUUUUUGACUUAACCCUUUAAGCCCCAAUAUCCACAUACAAAUUCUCCAAACUGAUCUCCAUACAUUUCCUAACAGAAUUAGUUGAGAGAAUUUGAUAGCAGAUCAAAGCAUUUUUUCUUUAGCAAUCAUUUCAUAAAUUCUCAUAACCUUAUCUCUUGACAAGGUGUGAAUAUUGUUGGGAGAGAAUUGAUGCAGGUCACCAUUGGGACUUAAAGGGUGAAGUAAAAAACUUAUCAGCCUUUUUUUUUUUUCGUGUGAGAAUUACCUCCUUGAUACAGUCAUGAAUGUUGUUGAUACAUUUGACAAACAAGGUGGUUCUGUUUUAAAGCUUUGAAAAGUCCAUGUAGCCAGUUGCGGUAUUUAUUUCUGGUUACUGGUACACAAAACUGACCAAAGCACUCUUUGGGUUAUCCACAUAUUCCUGUUGCAAGGAGGAAACUCACUGUUUUAUUUGACUCUCAUUUUGACUUUAUUGUUUGUUUUUUAGGAUGCAGAAGGACAGAAUGUAAUCAUAGGAGUGUCAGCUUGGGGAAUUCAUAUCUUUCACAACAGUCGAUUGAUCAACAAGUUUGUAUGGUAUGUUACUUCACUUUUCAAUAACAUGUAAGCUGUUAAGUAAAAAAUGUAACUAAUGUGCAUGUUUUUCGCUUCUGUAAAUCGCCCUAACGGACUUCUUAGGAAACAUAGGUUUCUUCAGUGGGUUCACAUCUGUUGGUUGUAAUUGGUAAAUUUUGAUCCAUUUUAUUUUGUUUUGGGGCAAUAAUGGUUGGUGGUAGCAAAAAACGCAACUGCUGGUUAAAUUUUUGACUUUUAUUUCAGUCUGCAUGUUAUUGAAAGGCGUAGUUAAUCAAAGUACGAAAAAUAUUAUUCCAGUACGAGAUACAAACCUCCUCAGUUGUUGUUGUUGUUGUUGUUGUUGUUUUUUUUUUUUGCUGUUUAGUGUGCUAAAAAUACUAGUCAUACACUCUGGAAACAAGAAAAGCAUGCAGCAUUCAGUGCUAAGCUAUUAUUUGCAUAGAUUAUAUGUAGCAAAUUAAACUUACAAGCCUGCUAUCACUAUAAUUAUGUGUUACAGGUCAAUAUUAAAUUUAGGUUUGAAAAAAAUUUAAUCUCAAUUUUCUUUGUCUCCUAGCCCUAAUUCGUGAAUAAUCUGGGCUAUGAGACAAAGGAAAUUGAGAAUCAACCUUGGUAAAACAAUUUUAACCUGAAUUUGAUUUUGACCUGUCAGUUAAUUAAUUAUGCAUCACGUGAUGUUCCAACUGUUUUGUUCACUCAACUGCGGUGUUUAUUUUCUUCAACAGGCCCAAAAUAGUGAAAAUCGCCUUUAAAAAGAAGAAGUUUACAUUGUCAAUCAGGCCAGCAAGUGAGGUUAGAGCUCUUAUUUACAACAAGAUAAGUUGUUCUCAUCCCCUUCCCAGCAGCGCCAACUCUCGCAGUAACGGAAACCUCAUAAAAAUGGCCAAAUAUGGGAUGAUUAUACGUUUCUGGGAAACUACCUACCUACCCCUCCCCUAAGCCAAUAUUAACACUUGCUUCUCACUUAGGUCAAAAUGUUGGCUUAGGGGAGGGGUAGGUGGGCAGUUACCCAGAAAUGUACAUAAUGAUCCCAGAUGGGCUUUGAGUUAAUCCCUGCUUAUCGUCAGUCAUUUUAGUUUAUUUAUUUAUAUUUUUCUUAUUUUGUUUAAGUUGUACACUUCUUUGGGACAGACACUUAGUCGUAAUGGUGAAUUCCUUGGAGAGAGAAACUGUUAAUCCCCACGAGUCCUACUCAUUUUGUAACAAGAAAAUAAUAAAAAAAUUAUUGUUGAACCCACGCCCCUCUGUUUUACACCACUGCCCUCCUCACAUUUCCUUCACAAAUUUGUCAAAAUCAUCAGUCAUGUGCUUUUCACUUAUUAUUAAGGCUUUUAGAUGCAAGGAUUGGUGCAGUUUUUGAGUAUGUGGCCUCCUUUGCAGCAAGUCCAGAGUUCAAUUUCCAUGUGUGACCUGAAAAUCUUGUUUUAACUUUCUGUGUACAUGUACGUUUAAGUAGCUCUAAAGUAAUGAGUUGAGCAGUGAUGGAGAGAUCCAUGUAAAAUAAGCGCAUCGUAGGCCUCAGUUUUGUAUUAAAGUGAAAUGAUGUUUUUUGCUGUUUCUUGCUGUUUCUGAAACCAUUGGUGGUUAGAUAUUGUGUUUUAGUGUGGGUAUUUUUCAGUGUCAUUUCAACGUUUUUUCGAGUUACUGACGUAGCCAAAGGGCCCUCUAUUCACUUUACCCUUUAUCAUGGUGACAUUUGAUAGUAUAUGUACAACUUGUAUCUGACGCUAAUUCCACAGAACGAUUAUUACGGAGGGACAGUACUAAGUUUUAAACUCGCAAGCUUAAGGGCAACAAAAAGACUCUGGAAAGUUGGAGUGGAACACCAUUCAUUCUUCAGACUUUCACAGGCUGAUCUGCCACCCAAAGAUGUUGGAUUCAUCAAACUUGGCUCCAAGUUUAGAUACAGGUUCGAAAAAAAAAAUAUUGUUGUUGUUGUUGUGAUUAUUAUUAUUAUUUCUUGCUUUGUGUGCGGGCUGAUCUCAUACCGAUUUAUUUGCUAAGGGAGCGAGUCAUAACCCAUGACCACUAAAAGGCCCCUUCGAGUUCACGUCCUUCCUCUAUAACUCUAAAACGUUUCUUAAAAUUCUUGCUGUUCCAGUAGAAAUGUAUUUUUUGAGUUUGAAAUAAUAAUUCUUAUGUCCAACUUUCCCGAAACAAAACAAAACACAAAUCGAUGACUGAGCUAGUAGUGUCUUUUUUUUCUGACGUUAAAAAAUCGUCUUUUGAUAUAGGAAAUUUUUAUACUUAUGUACAACAUGCAGUGUUGGGCCCUAACUUAAGUUAGUCUUGGAGAGAGGGUCCUAAGAACCCUAAAAAGCUGUUACACAGCCAUGUUAAUACCCGGUUAAUUGAUUGGUGACUGGCCGUUUCGCCAACGAGGCGUUUCGCCGGCCCCCUGUUCGCUGAAGUCUUGGAUUGUUUCGCUUACGUGUUUUAAGUCGUUUCGCUAACGUGUUUUAAUUCGUUUCGCUAACGUGUUAUAAGUCGUUUCGUUGACCAGUUUUCACUGAUGGUUUGUCGACAUUGGCUGUGAUUUAAGCUCAGCUAAGCUAAGCCUUUUUUUGUGUGUGUGUGUGUGUGUGUUUUAUUUUUCUUCAGUGGGCGAACUCAACACCAGGCCCGUCACAGCAAGGAGGUGAACCGGGCUCAGCCAGACUUUAAACGAGUGUCAAGCGAGCGAUUUUCGUCGAAAGUUCUUGAAGGUAAGUCUCCAGAACAAAACUAGAAAAAUUUUAGUUUCAUAAUUGGUAGUCCCAGCGAGCUUGAAUAUCUCUCGGUUGCUCACUUGUUCUUGUUCAUGUUCAAAACUUAGGUAACCGCAGAACAGAACCAUUGAAGACAAUACCUAGAGUAGAGGAAGAGAACGGAGAAGAAAAGAAAGAUGAAGAGAAACCUGUUGUUGAGCAGACAGGUAGACUUCACUGUUGUGUUCUAUUAGGCUGCGGGUAGUGUCUCAUUUCCUCAGGGAUAGUUGCGAAGCGAGCGAAAUUCCCUAGCGCGCGUGAAAGUCGCGGCGCGCGAGGAGAGGUAAGACGCGUGUCAUCUUCGUCUUGGGUGGUGAUUUUUAAACGCGCUCGCUCGCCAGUGGAUAUAAGAACACAGCAAAAUGUAGUUCUUAAAACGCCCUUCAAUAUUAUUAUGUAUCACUAAAACACUUGUCAAUCUUAGAGUGUUUCAACUUUUUUGUGUCAUUGUUUGUUUUUGUGUUAUCACGCUCUGUGAUUGGCUUUAAAUAUUACCCUUUGCCUUCUACAAUCGUUUCCUCUGAAUUCUUAUUGGUUUUUUGUCUUGUCUUCUCGCUCUCAUUGGCUAGAGUAAUUUCUUGGUUUUUGCGUAUCCCACCCUAAUGAAAACCGUGCCAAGUAUUGCUUGUCUGAGUUCUGUUAAUUACGACCAGUGAUAUUUGACUAAUAUUUUUUCUUCGUUUGUUUCUUUGUUUUUCCCUUCACAGAGGCUACGCCAGCCCCCGUGGCCGUAGCAGAGUAGUAAGUAUUUUACAAAAACUAAAGAAGUGUUUGAUUUUUAGUACUGACAUUUCUCCCGAAUUUGUUAUGUUACUAUGUUAAGAAAAUAAACUUGGUCAUGCCUCGCACUUCGCAAAACAUCACACCGUUGGUUUGUGAAUUAACUGCAUCUUCGCCAUCAAUAAUUGGCAAGCCCGAAUGAGAUAUACGUUCAUGUUGUUCAUAUCGCCGAAAAACAGGGUUUUUUAAGUAAUGCAAUGAAAGUGAUUUUGUGCCGAGUAAUAGUUGUGUUAGAUGUAAAGAUAUAUGUAACGAUAUAGGAUGAGAUUUGGAAAUUUUUUGGCCUCUAUUGGGAUGAGUGAAAGAAAUAAUCAUACCUUCAAACCCCUCAUUGCGCAAAUCUACUUUUAAUAAUACGAGCGCGCUCUGUCCCUUUUAUUUUGCGUGCGGACAAUCGAGGUUCAGAUGUGACUAAAACGAUUCAUUUUUCAUUUGUUUCAGA